AAACCGGCGUGCCGCCGCCUGGUCGCCUAGCAACGGCUAGGCGCGGAGCUAUGGAGGCAGCCGAAAGCCGGGAGAGCCAAGCCAGGGAGUAUUUGGAAAAACACCGGAUCCUGGAGCUGCUGAACUACCUCACCAGCUCCCUUCUCUUUUUCCGGCCCGAACAACCAAGAGAAUAUUUAAUAACUCUAUUGGAACGUCUGAGAACUGCCAAACUAACAGGUGUGGCCUUUCCUUUCUUUAUGGAUCAUUCUAACAUCGUGGCUAUGUUUGAGAUGAUGGACCCCUCCAAGAGAGGCACCAUAUCAUUUGUGCAAUAUAAAGAAGCCCUACAAACGCUGGGUCUGUGUCCUGCAGGUGAAGUUUUAAAAGAUGUUGGACGUACAGUAUCUUUGGAUGAUUUCAGGGAUGAAGUAUCUUGGAAGGUUGAGUUUGGGAAGGAUGGCUGGGAAGAAAGAGGUAAGGUGUUUGGAGCCUACUUACUUUUCUCCUCGAUGUUCUUCCUUUCAUUACCACUUUCCGAGCAGCACUACAAGGAGAACAGGUGUGACAAUCACAUUAAGUUUGAAGUAGUAUAUGGAACUCACACGAGCCUCCCAAAGGGAGGACGAGACAGGUCCCAGACACCCUCCCCUGGGGACUUCCUGAGUGGCCAGAGCCGUUUGAAUUAGGGCCACCUCCCUGGAGACAUCACUGCCACCUUCCCAGGAGGUCUGCGUCGCCUCCCAAGGACCUGGUGCUGCCUUGCUAGGCCACCAGGGCCACCUUUCCAGAGAGAUGUCAUCUCGCCGGGGCUGCCAGGGCCGCCUCACUGGGACUACCUCCUCUAGGAGGUACUGCAAGGGACUCUACCCCGGGCCGCGGGGUCCGGGAACCACCUUCACAAGCUUCCAAGGCCACGUCGGCAGGGCAAUCUCCCCUGGGAGGUCUGUGCCACCUCACCGGGCCACCACUGUCCCAUCCUGCCAGGGCCGCCUCACCGGAGCUGCCGGCGCGUCGCCGAUCUCCCCGGCUGGUAGCAUCCCGCCUCCGCGCGAGUCCUCGGCUCCAUGCGCAGCCAGCGCGGCCCGCGGAGUCCGGCUCAGGCCAGCAACAGACGGUGGAUCGGCCUUGGCGGCCGGAGGGCUGAGCGCCACCGCCACUUCCUCUCGCUGUCUCUCUAGGUUCUUCCUCUCGGGCCAGAGAGGCCCCGUCUGCGCAGCCGCCGGCCGUGCUCUGUCGCUCUCCCUGCCGGCCGGGGGUCGGGACGGCAGCUCAGGAAGC